AUGCAGUCGCCAAUUCCAAUUGCACAGGCUCCAAGCCGCCUUGAUUCUUUCAGCUUUCAGCGCCCUGGUGGCCUCACACCCCGCGCAUCCUCCAGCUUUGUUGGUAGCGCGAGCUACAAGGAGCCAAUGGCCGUCUCCUUUGGCAAAGAUGUCUCAGAAUUCGGCACUUCUACCGAGUCCGACGUCACCGUCGCCCCGUCUUCCGUGCGCCUCGAAUCCACCUUCUGCCGCAACUUUACAUGCUGUGGUCAGAAGCUUGACGACCUCCACGAUCUUCUCCAGCACUACGAGGAGUGCCACGUUCGCUUCGAGGAUGACGAGAUGCCCGCCAUGAUUGCCGACGACGAGCUCGAGUCUUCCGACUCGUCCACCGCUUCCACAUCGCAGCCUUCAAGCCCACGAACCUCGAACGCCGCCUCCACUGCCUCGACUGCCGCUUCGGCCACCGCCGCUACCACUUCUGGUGCCACCUCGGACUUGACCGUCACAACGCCUACUGGCCAUGACGACACCGACAAGGCUUCGGCUUUCGACACAGCUGUGAUGCGCUCGCCAUCACUCUCCAAGGGUAAGAAGCGUUCUUUCGGCCAGUACGCCAAUGCCUCUUCGGCAAGCCCUAACGGUGCUAUUCACCAGUCCUUGAGAAGAGCGCUCAUCGACGGUGGUGUUGGUAGACGCACUCCUGGCUCCCCGAACAUCUAUGCUCCCAACUCGCCCUUCUCGACACCAGGCAGCUCCAUUCCCAGCACACCAUCCCUCGACGCGGACGACGAUGGCUACUUUGCCAACGGUCUCAACCCUGCCGCCUUCUCGGCCUUGUCCAUUCGAUCGAGCAACGCCGACGAGCACCAUCUCCCCUCAUGUGCGCCACCCAACCUCUUCUUCCCUGCUUCCGGCACUGCUUCUUCCUCGAUGCAGCCGCCUGCCAAGCGUGAAAAGACCAGUGCGGUGACCAACGCUUCGACCAUUGCUCUCGAGAACGCUCUCCGUGCCGGUGCCGCCAACAUUGACAAGCCCUACAAGUGUCCCGCUCCUGGCUGCGACAAGGCUUACAAGCAGAUGAACGGUCUCAAGUACCACCGUCUUCACGGUCACUGCAACCAGAACAACCUGCCCAUCACCGCACAGGCCGCUGCUCAGCCACCUACCAUCCACGUCACCACCAACUCGGCCAAGACCUCGCCACAGCCCGAGUCGGCUGACGGCAUCAAGAUUGAGGAUGGCGGUGCUACUCCUUCGCUGGGCUCGCCUUCAUCGCCAACGGCCAGCUCUGCCUCGUCGCCUGACCCGGCCAGCCCUGCUACCCACGCACCUAUCUCUCUCGGUGACCGUCUAUACAUCUGCCAGGUUGGUGCCUGUGGCAAGCGCUACAAGAACCUCAACGGCUUGCGAUACCACUACCUCCACUCUGGGUCGCAUGGCUUGCUCGGCUUGCAGCUUCUCCAGUCGGGUGGUGGUGCCAGUGCCAAGGUAGAUGCCACCGGCCGUGCUCCCGUCAGCACCAGCACCCUUAGCCAAGAGGAGAUCACUGCUGCCGCUCAGGCUGCUCAGUUGGCUCAGGAGCAGAUCCAGGCGCAAGCCGCCAAGAACGCUGCCGCCACCGCAGCUGCCGCUGCUGCUGCUUCGGCCGCCGCCGCUGCACGCAAGGAGGAGAGCGAGCGUCAGACUCCUACUCUCUCUACACCUCCUUCGCAGCUCACCCAGGCAUUGCAGCAGGCUGCAUCCGCAUCGUCGCCCACCGGCUUGUAA